GCGAAGAGCGGGCGCCGGAGCGGUCCCUCCGCCGCGGAGGGCCGUCAUGUUUUGGCUUGCUGACACCGCUGGCCUGCUGCCUUACAUGGGCAAACCUCUGAACUGACUGAGGCGGCUGGAAUUUCAGAGCGUGACGUCACCGCCCUACAACUCUCCCAGAAUUUUUUGGAUCAAGAAGUUUCACUUUUUGGUGGGAUUUGAACCUCUGUUGUAUUUCCUAGAAAGCGAGAUUUCAACAUACAGUAAAGGGCAUCACUUUAACAACUUUCAAGAAAUCCUUUACAUCCAGAGAGGAGAAAAGGUGUCUGUUCCUGUAGUUCCCAUCAUCACUUAGAGUUAAAAUUUGGAACCAUGUGGAACCCAGCGAACAGUAACGACCAGACGGGACAAGUGGCUGCCAGGAUGGAGACUACACCUUCUUUGGGUAGUGCGAGCAUCUCCAUCUCCCAGCAGCAGGCACCCAAGAAAUUUGCCCCUGUGGUUGCACCCAAGCCCAAGUUCAACCCUUACAAACAGAUGGGAGAGCCCACCCACUCUGACCCUGCAGCAGACUACCCUCCCCCUCCACCACCUGCCGAAGAGUCAACCGGUUUCCAAUCAUCCCCUGGUUCCUUCCCUCCACCACCGAUGAACUCUUACGAUUAUCAGAUGAAAGGACCGGAGAAGACGCUGGAGGAGAGACGCUCCAGUCUGGAUGCUGAGAUCGACUCCCUCACUAGCAUCCUGGCAGACCUGGAGAGCAGCUCGCCCUACAAGCCACGUAGCACACAAAACUCUGGAUCCUCAGCAGCCUCUACUCCCAGUGCUCCAGUAACUGGUUACAAGCGUAUGGUCAUUCCAACUCAGCCACCUCUGACUGCAACUAAGAAGUCUACACCCAAACCUCAGGCCCCUGGGGGAGUCUCCUCUAUCCCCCCUUCCUCUGUCAGCCCAGUGGCCAAGCCACAAAGCCACACAGCCCCUCAACCUGUCCCAGCAUCCUACGCUACAGCCUCAACCCCAAGCCAGCCCACCUUCAACGUCCAGGUGAGGUCGGCGCAGCCUGGCCCCCAGCAUCAAGCCCCAGGUGGGCACCAUUUUGGCCAGCAGCCCAUCCGCAGCCCUGCACAAGUGCAUUAUAUGCCUGCCCAGCCCAAAGGUCCUGACUUUGCCUAUGGACCGCCACAGCCUGGUUUCUCCCCGAUGGCUCAGGGUGCAUUUCAAGAACAGCACCAUCCAGGAGUACUUCAGGUAGGUGGGCUAGGCUCCAGGAGACCUGACCCUGCCCCCACUCAAGCAUACCAGCCUCCUGGCCCCAAGAAAACCUACAUCACAGAUGUACCACCAAGCUUGGCUUCCUACACUUCUGGACCAGCUGUCCCACCAAAAGGCAAUGCUCCUAUGGCCCACCCUGAAGAUGAGCUGGAACGUCUGACCAAGAAGAUGCUGUUUGACAUGGACAACCCUCCAUCUGAAGAAUAUUUUGGGCGCUGUGCCAGCUGUGGAGAGAAUGUGGUGGGUGAAGGUACCGGCUGCACUGCCAUGGACCAGGUCUUCCAUGUCGACUGCUUCGUCUGCAUGACCUGCAGCACCAAGCUGCGUGGCAAGCCCUUCUACGCAGUGGAGAAGAAGGCAUACUGCGAGCCUUGCUAUAUUAACACCCUUGAGACCUGCACCAUCUGCAGUAAGCCCAUCAUGGAGCGCAUCCUGCGGGCUACGGGGAAAGCCUACCAUCCUCACUGCUUCACUUGUGUGGUGUGCCACCGCAGCCUGGAUGGCAUCCCUUUCACUGUGGACGCUUCCAACCACAUCCACUGCAUUGAGGACUUUCACAAGAAGUUUGCUCCACGCUGCUGUGUGUGCUCUGAGCCUAUAAUGCCGGCACCAGGCCAGGAGGAGACUGUCCGUAUUGUGGCCCUGGACCGUGACUUCCAUGUGCAGUGCUACCGCUGUGAGGACUGUGGCUCUCUGCUCUCAGAGGGGGAUAACCAGGGCUGCUACCCUCUGGACGGACACGUCCUCUGCAAAAACUGUAACACCAGCCGCAUCCAGGCCCUCACCGCCAAGGCCACCACUGACCUCUGAACAACCCGCCGCCCGGUCACUUCCACUGUGAUAAUCCAACGCUCGCUCUCUCUCUCUCUUUUUCUGUCUCUCCCUCUUUCAUUCUCUCUCUCUCUCGCAAACAUACCCAUCCACAGACGCUUGCAUUCCUCAGCAUACACGUAUAUAUCCCUCUAUAUAUAUAUUCACCUACAGUAACAUGUUCACCUGCAUACAUUAUUAAUUGACUCGGUACAAUCACAGCAGAAGAGACUUUGUUUUUUUUAACUGUGUUGCUGGUAAAGGAAUAGUUUGAUAUUUUGGGAAACAUGUUUAUACACUUUCUUGCUCUGAAUUAGAUGAGAAGAUUGAUGCCACUUUCGACUCUGUACGCUUAAUAUGAGGCUACAGUCACCAGGUGGACAUUGUAGCUUCGCAUAAGAACUAUAAACAGCUAGCCUGACUCUGUCCCAAGUUUUAAAAAAUCCACCUGACCGUAUCCUUAAAGCUCACUACUGUUUUAUCUCUUUUGUGGUUUUUCAGGGGGGGUAAGAGCUGUUUUUGGUCAAGAAAUGGUCCACCACAUGACCCCAGGUUAAGCCGCAGUUUGUCCUGUUUUCGACUUCUGUUUUCAAAAAAACAAUACAACACGUUAUUUGGUGAGCUUUGGAGGUGCUCGUUGGCGGAUUUUGUUACUUGCCGACAGAGCCAGUCUUUAUGUUCAGGUACUGUACAGAUAUAAAGGUGGCAUCAAUCUUCUCAUCCAACUCUCAACAAGAAAGCAAAGAAGCAUAUUUCACCAAAUGUUAAACUACUGCUUAAAAUCACUCCAAUUCCAUCACAUAACAGUUACAUUAUACAUCAUCACUCAGUGUUAUUAUCUCCUAUCAUAAUCAUCUUCACCCUGUAUCUUUCAGCCACAGUGCACAUCCAAGCGUGUAUGCAUGCAGGCCCAAAUUUUCCUCGCUGACUGGUUCUCGUGAUGUAAAAUGUAGUCAGACUCCACCAGAACAUGCAAAAUGUUUGACACAUCUGCCCUGCAGGUGAAGACAUCAUGGAUGGAUGUCUGUAUGACUGUAGAUUUAGCAGUAUUUAGGAAUGCCAUGAGCAUACAGUAGAUUGUUAAGAACAUGCAGAUUAUUCUUUAAUCUUUACUGCAGUGCAAGUCCACUGACACUCCGCAAAGAGGGAUAAAAUAACACACUGAAGCUUAAUAUUACAAAACACCAAAGAAUGGAAUUUAAACCGCUAUAUUUCCUCUGUACUUGUUUUAUAUGCAGCUAUGUUAAGUAUUUACCUUCAGUGUGUUGAUUGGGACCAGAGGAAUCACAAACAGUCAUUUUCAGUGUCAGGAACAAAAUUUGCAGUAGGAAGCUGUUGAAUGCAAUUUCCUGUUUUAACACAAUAUUUUCUUUAGACUUUCCUAUAGAAUUUGCUUUGAUUUAUACAGUAGAUUAUUUUCUGUUUGCCUGAACAGUACAAUCAUGACAUUCCAUUCAUAUAAAUACGGCCUUAUAUUUGAGUUUAAUGCUAAAGUUUUUGAGCAGAUAGAUCUCCUCAUUUACCAUGCCAGGGAUUAGAUCGGUGAUUGUACUGUAAGCAGUCUGGCAGGGACAAUGGAUAGGACAUGGCUAUGCAAUUUUUAAUGUUAAUUGCAUUGACACUUUAUAAGAAAUUUUAUGAAUAAGGAAAUAUUUUACCUGUACAGAUUAAAGCAUAAGUGUCCUUAUAGUAAUCCUUAAAUCAAACCUAUGCUGUUGGUACUCUGUGACUUUGUGUGUCACUGUGCUGUAUGUCAGUAUUGAUUGAUUGUUCCAUUGACACUCGUCUUUUAUAUUUAGUGUCUAUUUAGAGUUGAUGAAGGGACGAAGAAGGGACCUUAAGAGUUUCCCAAAUAUGACUAAUUGUAUUAUUUGUUUCAUUAAGGGUGAUUGACCAGUAGUUUGACUGCUCAAUUUGAUAGUUACUUCAAUAUAAUUACUUCAGCACUACAAGUAGUGCGACACUUGAUGUACUCUGUGGAGUUUUUGGCCACUUGUAGCGCUAUGCAGCAAUGUUGUUAUGAGCUGGUCCCCUUUUUGUGUGAAUCCUGCCUUCCCUGGUGCCCCUCUAUACCAGAGUAAGAAAGUGAUGGUUAGUAGGUAGCAAAACGACUACAAAGGGACAUAAAACAACAUCAAAAUGAACCGAAACAAGUACGGAGAGAAACAAAACUACUACGAAGACACAAAACCACCACAAAGAGAUGCAAAAUGACUAUAGAGGUUUUGUGCCUCUUUCAAUCUAGGGGGUCUUGCUCCUAUGUAGUAGGGGGGGGGCCUUUAAAGUGUCAAGCAUUCAGCAGCCCAUGGCUGUAUGGAUGCACGGAUGAUGUGAUACACAUUUUUUGCUGCUGGUUUCACGCUAUUCCACUGAUUGACUGACUAAUGGUGCCAGUGACGUGCAAAGAAGUGUAGCGAUGCACCUGCGAAAGCCAUUAAGGAAAAAGGACUACACACUAGUAAAAAGUGGUGUGAACACUGCAUGAUUUAAAAUAUUUAAACAAAUUUGCAAAUAAAAAAUGUUUUAGGAGAAUGGAAAUGAAUUCAACAUGUUUAUUAGGCCUCAAGGAUACACACAAUGCCUUUUGGUGAGAAAUAGUGAAUGUGAAUGUUUGCAAGAAAACUCCACAGGGUACCUUUAAACAACUAAGACAAUGUAAUUCAUAAGUACUGGCUGCCAGUUUAUUAGUUGGAUUGGUUUACAGUCAACUGCAUAAUGCAAGACAGAGUAUCUCCCAGCCCAGAUUACAGAUGUCUUGAGUUUGUGGAUUUAUGCAUUAUGAACAUUAUAAUUAUAAUUUUUAGAGAAUUCUCUUUACUUAUCCUUGCUGUUUUCCUCACGCAUUAAGUAGUUGUGUUUAUUGUCAUUUGGAUAUCAAAAAAGCGAUUAUACAAACAAAAAAAAAUCUCUAUAUACUGUACCUGUUGUACUUAGUAUCUGGUGACGGCAGACUCGUUGGAUCAGUUUGACUGUGGCCAUGUUUUAACCAGGGUAACACACUGUAAAUAACUGUGCUAAUAAGCCCGUUAAUAAAUGAACAGUGACAAAUAAUUUCACAUUAAUCAGACCUUUGCUAUGAGUCAUCCCACAUAGAAAUAGAGAAAACUGUUGACCAUUUAAAGUCUAAUGGAGUAUUUAAUGUUCCCUAAAAACACCGUGGAAAUUCUGCACAUCAGCCUGUGUUUGAGCUGAAGUUGAGAUGGCAGCACAGUGGCUGGACACUUUUUAUGCGGUUAGUGGACAUACUGUACGUACAGACAGAACCAGCCUUACGUGCCUCGAGCAGGAAGCAAGUGAAGGCUGGUCCUCUAGAAGGUUAGGCAACCUAAACUCCAUAUCCCGAGGAAUUUUUUUCAUCAAUAUUUGAAGCCGCAUAUUUAGCCAGACAGUUCAUCUGGUCACAUACAAAAACAAAGGACAACAAAACUUUUACAGCUUUAGAAAAUCAUAUCAGACGAGUGCAAUGCUUGAUAAAGAAACUGUAAUGUGUCUUUAAGACAAACAAAACUCCAGCUAGAUAUUCACAGCCAUCUCGAGCAUCCUUUAUAGUUUUAUUAGCCCUUAAAGUCUGCGUUUCUUAUUCUAUCUCCUCUGCUUUGAAAAAAAGGGCUCACAUGCCCAUACUUAUUUUGGCCAUUUGACACUUGGCUCAGUAACACAUCUGAUAACCGCUAGUUGUUAGGCAACAGAGGACAAAAAAUACACACUCCAUAUAUCAAUAUGUCACUUAUGUUGCUAGGUUUCAGCUCACAGAGUUGUUGCCGGGGACCCGGCUAAGUUAGCAUCUCGUGUUGGCAGUUGUUUAAAGGUCGAUGCAGGGUCUUCUGACCCGCUCGCAUAAUUGGACAGCGGUGUUAAAGAUGCAGCUGGAGUUUGACAUGUUGUGAUGAAAACGCAAAUGAAAAUGUCAAAGUGACUUAAGAGGCAGAGAAUACAGUCUCUCAUCCUUGCAGUCGAUGAAUUAAAGAAAGUAGUACAGUGAUGCUCAUUUCAAAUUCUAGUUCAGGUAUCAGGUACAGUGAUAGUUUGCGAGCUCCGUAGCCGGCAAGUGGACCUUUAAGUUUUCUACAAUGUCCUCAAAGUUUACUGAAGCCAAAUUCAGAUCCACUUCUGGCUCACUCUCUCUCGCUCAACAGGAAAACGCUUCUGCGAUACUGUAGCAAUAUGUAGUAUCGACAUUUGCUGUGCUUUCAGGCACGACCACUACACUGUGAAUCAUUCCAGUGCUGUAUUUAACUUAGUUAGUGACAGAGUGAGGAAGCGUACAUUAAUUGUGAGCUACAGAUUAAACAUCUAUGUACAGAUGUAGUUCACAACUUUGCAGAAAGUUUGCUUUCCACAGCUGCCUCUUACUGUUGACUGCCCUUAAAUCGAUAAUUCUGUAUGAUAACAAUGAAACAUAUAGUAGAUUUCUUUUAUGUGACAUAUAAUGCAGCCAUCAAUUAAAAAUGUUGUUUACAGGGCACGGUCAAACCUUGUGCAGGUUUGAGAAGAAAUGCCAAUGUUAUGUGCCAGAAAAAGACCUGUUGUAACAGUUUGGUAAAGGGAAUUUAAUGCAGUUGAUGAAAAGAGAACAUUACUGUGUUAGAACUUUAAAGGUUGUGGGUUAAUUUAAAGCUGCACUAAUCAGUAUUUUUAUAACAACAAUGGAUGAAAUAACUAAGUGUAAUGUGAAAGGCGUCGCUCCUGGUGACAGUCCCAUUUUGCAGUUCCACUCAGCUCUCCCUCUUUAGCAUCCUUCAGCUCAUUGUUUUGAGUUUUACGUCCCCUCAACUUUACUGUUUGGGUUCACACUAACACAUCUAAUUAUUCUUGUUUUCAGUCACAAACAGUAGCUAUAGUUCCCCAUACCAGCUGUAAAAGGUUAUAAUAUGUCAAUGUUGCUUUUACAGCUUGAUUAGCUAGCAAGCGCCUUUUAAAUUAAGGGCUGCAAGUUGCACAGUACUCGCUAAAGAAAUGAUACUAACUCUGAUGACUAGUUUUUGUGGGUUUAAAAGUGUCAAAUUAAGUGUUUGAGUGUUGUACUAUUAGCUUAUUAGCACGUUUUUUACAAAGUGUACCCUGCUCUGGUCCAUGAGCACAGUUUAAUCUCCACUGCAGGUUGUCAAUGUGCCAUCAAAGCCAUUAAAAUCUCCAGUUUGUGGGAUUUGUAUGGACAGUCAGUGGACACAUCACACAUCUUUGUGGGAUCAUAUCUGACAAGAAUCUUCUCAAAAAGUUUGAUGCUAAAAAGAAUAAAGUUUUUUUUUGUUUGUUUGUUUUUUCAGUGUAUUUGUGUUGUCUACUGUCACUGUUCCACCCAUGUCUGUAAAAGUGCCUUUGGCUGACCAAUAUUGAAUCACUAAACUGUUGCUGUGUUUUUCAUAAUUCGCAGUGCCACGCUCAAAGAUUUUGCCUUGUUUACUUGUCUUUGCCAAAGUAAAUAUACAGGAUCCCUUUUGUUUGGGCCAACUCUAAAUCCAUAUCAGGAAUGGUGCUUAAGGCUACAGCAGUGGAGUCUUAAAUGGUGCUGAGUGUGAAACUCGCCUCAGAGAGCUUGACCCGCUGUUGCUAACGUUAAGCAUCUCAUCUGUUCUUGAUCAUUGGAAAGGGGCAUGUAGUCAACUGUUGUUUUUUCUUCUUCAAUAAAAGCUUUGCAAUAGCAUCU